CUAGAAGAGAGGCAUAAACAUAGAUUUCCAACUUGACACGUGUCAGAAGCUAGAGACCUGAGCCUUUUGUUGUGCUUGUGCUUGCUACAAACACAAAUAAGAAUAAGGAUUUUCCCCAUUUCCUUAACCUUGUUCCGUUUUUUGAGCACACAACACAAUACAAGAGAGACUCUUUUUCUUACUCACUCAUUCAUCACUGUUUUAUCUAUAAAAUUCUUCUUCAACUUUAAAAACAGAGAGAUGAAACAGAAACAGAAACAGAGUAGGUACGAUGAUGAUGUUUUGGAUUGGUCCAAAAGUGAAGUUGAAACUGCUGAAAUUAUUUCAGCUUUGUAUCAUUGUUUCUCUUUGUUUAGUAGUGUAUCAUACUCAUGGGGGUGUAAAAAGAAGAGAUCUGCAAUCCCUUCCUAUGAUGGCGGCGCCGCCGUUGUGCCUCCACCUUCUGAUGCCGGAAAAGCUCAAGCUUCAAGUCCUGCUACCCCUCUUUCGUUUCCAGCCACUGAAUCAGAUGAGAAAACCAAACCUUCCAAAAACAAAACUUCUCUUAAAAGGAAGAGAGAGUACUAUCUUAAGAUGAUUGAAGAUUUGACCAAAACCAAAGACUCAAUCAAUCAAGAAAUUGAACAUAUGAAGCGUCAUUGUGAACAAUUGAAGGAAUUUAAUCUCAAGUUGAAAGCAAGGGAAAAAGAGCUAAGUGGUAUUAAUGGUCAUAAAGUUGAAUGCAAAAACCCCAAUUUGGAAAAUAAUCAUCCAAUACAAUUGAAUCAUACUAUCAUCAAAGUCUCAGUCAACUCCUUAGCUGAAACUGAAAAUGAAGAGAAAAUGAAGCAACAAAUCCAAAUACCCAAUCAUCACAAUUUUGGGGUUUCCCAAAUAAGCAAUGGCCAUCUAACGACGUCGUUGCCAGUUGCAUCUUCAUCAUUGGGCCGCAACAGUAAUAUGGGCCCAUUGUCCAUUCCUGAUCUGAACUUAUCCAUCGAAGAGUCGGUUCACGUGGAGACUUGUCAACCGUUGGAUGAGGCUCCAUCAAAUAAUAGUAAAGUUAUGGCAGCUCAAGCAAGACAGAGAAGGAUUCAGAUUUUCAGACUCAAGAAACCCGUGGGUAAUAAUAAUACCAAACAACGUCAAUCUUAUAAUAGCAGUAGAUAAUAAUAGCUAAUGUAGUAGUAACAUUUUUUUAGUUUAUUUCCAUAUUUUUGUUUUUUUCUCUUUUUUUAGAGAUUUAUAUAUGGAUAUUCAUUAUGAGUAUGUCUUGGCGACAAAGAAAAUUCUUGUGACGUUGGUAUAAAGUAGUACUACUACAUUAGGAAAUUUGGUGGUGGAUCUUGGUCAAAA